AUGAAGGAGCGCGCGACACAUGCAGGCUCGUUGGGGAAACGUGCACAUCCCUGCUCACCAGCGCGCAACGGGCACGCGCACAACACAACCCACACCACUGUCUGUUCAGGGAACCAGGAGUAUCGGCAAGCUGGAUCCGCGCGCGAGGCAGCUGCGAUGUGCGGCAUAGACAUGAUUCAGACACAAGAAGAGGAAGGUAGCCUGAAUCAGCUUGGAGGAAGGUUUGUGAAUGGUCGUCCUCUUCCUGCAUAUAAAAGGAAGCUGAUGAUAGAGCUGGCAUCAGAAGGUGUUCGUCCAUGUGACAUCUCCAGGAUUCUCAAGGUGUCUAGUGGAUGCGUCAGUAAGAUCUUACGCUGGUAUCGCUGCACUGGACUCUGGGUCCCUAAAGCCAGUGGAGGCAGCAGACCACGGCUCCUCACUCCUCAUGUGAUCUCUACUAUCGUGCAGUACAAACGCUCCAGUCCAACCCUUUGUGCAUGGGAGAUCCGCAACAAGCUCUCAGCUGAACAUGUGUGCAGAGCUGACAAAGUUCCUAGUGUGUCUUCUAUUAACCGCACACUGAAGAAGAUUCAGAGCAACUGGCACACGGAUCAGCACACGCAUGAAGCCUCGACCUUCACCCUGCACCUUCAUCACCUCCCGGACACGCGCACACAGGUACGCUCCGCCUGCACGGACACGCGCACGGACACGCGCACACAGGUACGCUCCGCCUGCACGGACACGCGCACGCGCUUUAAGAGCUCGCAGGUAGCGAUCGCGCGCGCUGGACUGAAGGUAGAGAACCAAGAAACUUCAAAUCCGCCUGAAAUCUUCACCAGGAAGAACAACAGACGUAAGUAA